UACUGGUUUGGUAUCAGAAUCACUACCAUCAUCACCAGAAAAGUUCUCAAAAGAUGAGCUUUCAUUUGUUGAAGAAGUACCUAAACAAAUCGAAAUUGAGUGUCCAGUUUGUCUUAAUAUAUUGACAGAUCCUCAACAGGUGAGCUGCUGUGGACAUAAUUUCUGCAAGUCUUGCAUUGAGAGAGUAAAAAGUAGUAAUGGAUCCUGUCCUAUGUGCAACGUUGGUCAUUCGAAAUAUCAAUCGUUUGCAGAUAAGAAUCUCUCUCGUAUUGUUAACGGGUUACAAGUCUAUUGUACCAAUAAAGUGAAAGGUUGUCAAUGGAAAGGAGAUUUGAAGUAUCUACCCACUCACCUUAAUAAAGGGAAGAGAGAAGGAGAGUGUCAAUAUGAAGAGGUCAAAUGUCGAUAUGAAGAGUGUCAAACAAGAGGUCAACGUCAGCAUCUUAACGUUCACGAGGAGGAGUGGUGCGACCAACGACCAUACAGUUGUGAGCAUUGCUAUGAGGAAGCAAUGGCACGAUUCUUGAAAGAGGAUCUUUUAUUUGUUGAAGAACUCAAAGUACCUGCUCAAAUUGAAAUUGAGUGUCCAGUUUGUCUUCAUAUAUUGACAGAUCCUCAUCAGGUGAGCUGCUGUGGUAGAACUCUCUGUAAGUCUUGUAUUGAGAGAGCAAGAGCUAGUAAUGGAUCCUGUCCUAUGUGUAAAGAGGGCAUGGAGGAGAGGUUUCGAUACUCCGUAGAUAAGGAUUGCCUUCAUUUUGUUAAUUUUUCGUUACAAGUCUAUUGUACUAAUAAACCGAAGGGAUGUGAAUGGAAAGGAAAUUUGAGGGAUCUAUCUACUCACCUUAGUAAAGGGAAGAGAGAAGGAGAUUGUCUAUUUGAAGAGGUCAAAUGUCGAUACGAGUGUCAAACAAAGGAUCAGCGUCAAAAGCUCGUUAUUCAUGAAAAGGAUGACUGCAAUGAACGACCUUACAAGUGUGAGCACUGUGCUUUAGAAGAUAGAUACAUCUUUAUUACUGGAGAUCAUUUAAACACCUGCCCAAAGUAUCCUACUACAUGCCGCAACAAUUGUGCCCAAAAAAUACCGCGUGAAAGUAUUUCUGAUCAUUUGACCCAGUGUCCAUUAGAGCGAAUGUAG